AGAGGCUAUAAGUAUAGGGCUUGGGGUUGCAACUGUCGUCCUUCUCUUCCUUGAUUCUUCUUGUCGCCGAACUCUUGAAGAACGAGCUGCAAGAGUUCAGGCUAGAAGAACUCGGACUUUCCAAGAAUUGGAGAUGCCUCGUCGGAAAACGUGCCAACCUUUGAGAGCCUCGCCGGUCAACUCAUCCAAGUCUAUCUCUUCGACACCUCGCGAGAAUGCCAUGAAGCUGAGGCCCGACUCCCUCAGGUUCAAGGAGAACGGGCUACCCAUGUCUCCCCAGGACCAUAUUGCAGCUACUGACCCUCUGCCCAAGUUGCGCGACUAUGUGAGGUGCCCUAAGUGCAAUGCCAGAUUACUUCUGAAGAACCUGGAGAGGCACCGGAACAAGAUGCACGAGUAUACUGCACCGCCUCCGCCUCGCACACUUUCUGUCGGCCUACGACCCCAGACACUUUACGUCCGCCUACGACCUCCUCGCCGUGUCCGUCCUCCUUUCCGACGUGCCCCACCACCUCGGCCUGGUUCCCUCGUCCGGUGUCAUGCCUGCAAUAGACAUAUUCUGGAGAAGAGCCUGAAGAAGCAUCGGCAAAGGGUCCAUGGCAAGAAGGCUGCCGUCGGGCGGACUGGCAGAAAGGGUACUCCCAACUGCCCUGAGAAUAAUUCUAAGGGUAUAUCGAGGAAGGCGCAGGCGAGACUCGGCGAUCCAUCCGUUACCUACGUUCCUUCGAGCCCCCCGAAGAGUUACGUUACUCGUGAGAUGCGUGGAGACAAUAAGAGUUCCCCAAACUCAUCGAAGUCGGUCAUCAUUGAACUGAGGGAUUCAUCAAUGUUCCGUGCUAGUCGCCGUCAAUUUACUCCUGCGGAGGGUUCAACGAAUCAUGCUAGUGCCGCCGGUCCUCCGAAUCAGCCCAACCUACCCGAGUACGUCGACUGCCCCUCUUGUAAAUCUAAAGUGUUGUCCAAGAAGUUAGACAGGCACCGCCGAAGACAGCAUGGACAUCCUGCUCCUCCUGCUGUCAAUGCGGUUAGGCCUUCUCGCCAUGAUAUGCCAGGUGUAUGGCUUCCCGCACUUUCAGCCCGCAUCGUACCUUUUCCCCGUGCACCUCCACCUCCCCAGACAUAUGUCCCUCCUCAAACAUCUUCUGCCCUAUCUACGCCUACUCCCGGGGCCGAACCUCUUCCCCAGGCCGUAUCUCGUAUCCGCACCACGCUUCCUGGCUCACCUCCUGUUUAUCCUCCAUCCACUGCGCGCACUGUACGCACUGCUUCCGUUCAUGGCCUCCUUCCAGUACGCGGCGUGCCUGCUGCUCGCGCACCCCAGACCCGGAUAUUAUCAGUGGUUCUUUCUGCGCCUUUCCGUGCUACCCCUCCACCUCCAGUUGUACCCUCUUUACAUGGCGAGAUAUCUGCACAAGCCACACCCGCCCGCGGCGUAACUCCUGUCCACACUGGACCUCUUUCCCACAAUAAUUCUUCAGGACGAAUCUUCGUCCGCUGCGAUGUUUGUAAGACCCGAUUAUUGACGAAGAAUUUGGAGAGGCAUAAAGCUAGGACCCACGGCCAGAAUGAGAAGGCUCCUACGUCUGGUCGGAAGAAGGUCAAAGCGAAGGCUGGUACCAAGCCCAAGGGUAAAGCCAAAACAGUCGACUUGGAGCCCAAACAUAAGGUCUCCCCCGUUAUCCAGGGUCCUUCGAGAUCAAGCUAUAGCGAGCCGAAGACAUAUGGCACAUGCACCUUCGUCGGAUAUGAUAUUGUUGGCUUAUAUGGGCUCACCGUGACCAUAUCUACUAGCAUUUCCAAGUCUGCCAUACCGAUAUGGUAUCUUGCCCUAGCUGCCCCGCUCGCCUUAGAAGGGGUGAACUACACGCCCCGAAUCACCAAAUCGAAGUGUUAUCCUUCACCUCGGCUACGUUGGACCAGGUCUCCGACCAGCAAACAGCAGUUGAAACUACCUGAGUGCAAACGCUGCGCUCACGGAUUUCGUGGUUACAGGGAGUUGAGCGAGCACUAUCAGGAAACACAUUCAGAGACUUGA